AUGGGGGACAACAGCCACAAUGCAGAGACCACAGCUGGAACUAACUUUGAUCCUUCGUUCUCGACUCUCCAAAAGUCUAUGGCCGAAACUCAACGAGAGACUGAUUCGGACGCAUCGAGGGUGUCAAAGACCCGCCUAGACGGCACCCACGACGAGUAUGUCACUGGCCUCAAGCUGGCAAUAAUUGUUGCUAUCGGACGUGCUGUUGCCGGAGUUGGUACUGCUGGAGUUAUCAAUGGAGCCAUCACUAUAAUUUCAAGCUGCGUGCCCUUACGGAAACGUCCAGCUCUGAUCGGACUAACCAUAGGAGUCAACCAGCUUGGCAUUGUCCUCGGACAGUUGCUUGGAGGAGUGUUUUCUUCGUUCGUGUCAUGGCGAUGGUGCUUUUACAUUAACUUGCCUUUUGGCGCUCUGAUGGCCACUUCUCUUACUUUCCUCCGAAUUCCCGAGCAAACACCUAAGGCAAGAGCUAUAGGCUAUGGCCAUCUUGCCGAAGCUAACACCACUUUCUCGAUUUGCUAGGGUUCUCCCUCUUUGCUCUAGCAGUAAUACAGCUACUUCUUGCUCUUCAAUACGGAGGGAACCUUUUCGCAUGAAACUCCUCACAAGUUAUUGGCCUCUUUUGCGGCUCUAUUGCAACCUUUAUUAUCUGGUUAUUGUGGAAUCGCUAUAAGGGAGAGGAUGCUUUACUUCCUGUUUCUGUUAUUGGUCAGCGAAUUUCGGAAAAGGGAUGGGCAGGAACCGGUGCUCGAUGCAGUUCCAAAUACCAUGGAUGAGGGCUAGGAAGGAGUUUGCCAAUACCAUCCUUGUAUCAUAUACG